CCCCAUCUGCACCGGCAUCUUGACAUCUGAAAAAGCUGCGACCAUGGGUGAUUCGGAAUGCGGAGGCAAUUGCAAGGGAGCGUUCAAACGAGAGGAAGGAGCGUCAGACGGGGGCGAACACGUAGUGAUUUGUGUUUGUAAACCAGUUCCGAAGAAGAAUGGACCCAAGGGAGAGGUGACAUGCGUCGGUGAAUGCCGUUGUGUCUGCGACAGCUGUCAGAAGUCAUCGGAUUCACGCAGGCAAUGCACCUGCGAGUGCAUGAGCAAAUGCAAGAACUGCUGCAAGGAUGGGAAACGCUGCGACGGUUGCAAGUGCAAAUGCACCUGCAAAAGCUGCGGCAAGGAACCGGAGAGAUCGGAGGUUUGCGUCUGCAAAUGUACGCGCGACUGCGAGUUGUGCUGUGGUAACGGAAAAAUCUGCGGAGAUUGCAAGUGUAAUUGUUCCUGCGGUGCCUGUGGCGGUGACACGAAGAAGGACUGCAGCUGUGAAUCUCCCACCUCUUGCAAAGACGGGGAAUGCUGCGAAAGGUGCGAAUGUGUAUGCACCUGCAAGAAUUGUCGCAAAACCGCAAGCGAGAAGUCCUGCUGUAAUUCCACGUCGUGCAGCGUCGACAAACCGAGGAAGUCGUGCCUCUGCAAAUGCGUCAUACACUGCAAGAAAUGCGGUGAAGAGAACAAAAUUCUCUUCAAAUGCAUUUGCGAAUGCUGAGGCCUUCACAAGACCCCACAACCUGCGGGAAAUCAGUUAUUACCCUUUCCUAUCACUUUAGAAACCGAAUGUUGCGUCUGAUUCGAUGUGAACCAGUUGAAUAAAUUUUACUUUGUGACUUCCGCA